AUGAAUUACAAUCAAGGAUUUCUGGGACAGUUCAGGGACUUCAAGAAGGAUGACUUUGAGGUUGACUGGAUUAAGCUGUCAGAAGGCAGAUUUGGUCAGGUGUACCAAGUCAAACUCAAGGUCUGGCAGGAAAAAUGUGCCCUAAAAACCUUCAGCGCAACUUUGGCUUCCAACAACAGUUAUGGGAAAAUAGCAGAUGAAGUGUCCAACAUAGCCAAACUAAAAUUUAGGUACAUUUUGUCCAUUUAUGGACUCUGCAGCGAAGCAAGCGCUGUUGUGAUGGAGCACAUGAGCAACGGCUCUCUGAACAAUCUCCUCACCUCUCACACUUUCAUGUGGCCAAAGAAGUUUCAGAUGAUCCAUGAAGUCUCCAUGGGCAUGGAUUUCCUUCACAGCAUGAAACCGCCGCUGCUCCAUCUUAACCUCAAAACAUCUAAUAUCCUACUAGAUGAUCAUCUUCACGCUAAGAUUUCGGAUUUCAGUGCCAUUCAGUGGGAAGAAGGCAUGAGUAAAGCUGUGUUCAUGGAGGAUCUGACGGCACGAGGUAACAUAAGUUACAUACCACCAGAGACCUUCACUCAGGACCCUGUACCACCAGGAACUGCCUUUGAUGUGUACAGCUUUGGGAUUGUGAUGUGGGAGAUACUGACUCAGCAGAAACCGUACGCAGGCUGCAGUGUGACAACAGUGCUCUUGCAGGUGUCAAAAGGGAAGAGACCCAACCUGGAGAGUAUUCCUGAUGGCAGGCCCCAGGAGUGCGAUCAGCUGAUCAGCAUCAUGAAGCAAUGCUGGGAAAAAGACCCCUGGAAGAGGCCAGAGUUUUCAGACACUGUAAAGAAAACAGAGGCUUUGAAUGGCGCCUUGAAGAUCCCAGGACCCAUUCAUUAUGGCAAAAAUGGCGACAUGGAACAGAAAUCUAAUUAUUCGUGGCAGGUUUCCACCAACCAUGAAAUCACAUUGCCUGAGAUGUCUGACCUUCCUUCAGAUGAGCAACACAGCAACAGCAUUCUGUUUUUGCUUUCUAAAAAGGACUUCAGUAGUUUCAGGCAGACUGUGAAACAAGAGCAUGCAGAUGCACAGUUUGCAGGCCAAAAGAGUCUCCUUCACUACACGGUAGCCAGUGGAGAUUUGGAAAGUGUCAAGCAUGUCCUGAGUCUGGGUGCAGAGGUCAACUGUACAAUGGCCAGAGGUUACACUCCCCUUAUCAUUGCAGUUCUGCAAAGGUUUUACGAUAUCAUCACUUUGUUGUUGGAACAUGGAGCCGAUGAAGUGGAGGGGGAUGAAGACCAGUGGACGCCACUACAUUUUGCUGCUCAGAACGGUGAUGACAGGUCUAUUCGUCUCCUGUUGGACAAAGGAGCUUCGGCAGAUGCUCGGGAAAAAGCCGGAUGGUUGCCGCUCCACCUGGCCUGUCAGAAUGGCCAUGAAACUGUGGUGCGCCUGCUGCUUUCACGACUGUUGAAGGAGGCUACUGUGGAUCAGGAGGAGGAACAGGGCAAGACUCCGCUCCACCUCGCCUCUUCCUAUGGGAAUCUUAAUAUCGUCAAGCUUCUCCUUGCUCACAAAGCAAAUCCGAAUGCCACUGACAGCUCUCUUUCCACCGCUCUUCACUUCUCUGCUGAGCAAGGCCACAAUCGCAUAGUCAGACAGUUGUUGAAAAGUGGGGCGAACGUUGACAGUGCAGACAGCAGAGGACACACGCCGCUUCACCUGGCUGCUCUGAACGGUCAUGCAGGUAUAUGCAGGCAGCUGAUAACCAGUGGGGCUAACCCAGAGUCCAAAACCCUACAGGAGUGGACCCCCAUGCACCUGGCUGCUCAGCGAGGACAUGAGGCAGUAGUGGUGCAACUGGAGAGUCUUGGUGCUCUUGUAAACUCAAAAGGUCAAAGUGGAUGGACUCCGCUGCACCUAGCCUGCAAGCAAAGUCAGCCGGAGGUGGUGGCAAAGCUUCUGUCAGCCAAAGCUAACCCAAACGUUAAAGAGGACAAUGAGGGGUGGACACCUCUCCACAUAGCCUGUAAAAAACUCUGUUUCCCUUGUGUUCUUCAUCUGGUACUAUACAAGGCAGAUGUUAAUGCUGUAAACUCAGAAAAGGCCACAUCGUUACACCUGGCUGCUCAGCAUGGCUGUGUGCCCACCAUUAAGGUUCUACUGCUGAACGGAGCAGACAGGACACUACGAGACGCCUCUGGAUCCACAGCUCUAGAUGUAGCUUGGCUGUGUAAAAAAUGGGAAAUAGUUGAGCUACUGCAAAAGAACUAA